AUGGCUGUUCCAUCACCUUAUAAUCUCGGCAUUUCUGCUGACCAUGAAGCUGCAUUAGAAGAAGCGAUUCUAUCAAUGCAAGGCAAGGAUCCUUUGAAAAGCUCUGAGUUGUUAGAACUCCAAGACCUACGUGAUGAUUGUGAUUUGGGUUCCGUGAAAAAAAGGCAUAUCCUCAAGGUUCAAAAUUUAGUCAAUAUUGCAGAUUACAAGCAAGCUCGUCAGUUGUCGUAG